UUGUCUAGAGCAAAGAUCUUUACUAAGCUAGAUAUAAGGGAUACGUAUUACCGACUUAGAAUAGGCGGGGUAGUAUCUAGGUCGUUAGCUAAACGCUUACUAUAUAGCUACUUUAAGUAUACUAUUAGAUCCUUUAGGCUUAUAAACGCUCCGGUUACGUUCUAA